AUGGAUGCUGAAACGUCUACUCUGGCGGGAUCGUCCACGCCUGGACCUGAAACAAAUAUGACAUUGUCGUCUGCUCUUCAAAUCGUAUUCUUGUGCUUGUUUAUUCUUUCAACAAUUAUAACUGUUCUUGGAAAUGCAUUUGUUUUGGCUGCGUACAAGCGCAAUGAGAGAAUACGAAAGAUGAACACUAACACGUUCAUUCUUAAUCUAGCCAUCGCCAAUCUCCUCGUUGGCAUCACUAUAAUUAGUAACAACCCCCAGUACAUCACGGAUAAGUGGUAAUUUGGAAGGAAGUUCUGUAUUGUCGUGUGGGACAUCAGUUACAUCUUAACCGACAUGUCCGUUAUCACCGUCAUUGCCAUCAGCGUGGACCGGUACCUCAUGGUGAGGAAUGUAAUGAAAUACCAGCUUCAUCGGUCUCGGAAACGUAUCAUCAUCAUCUUCAUCGUUGUUUGGUUCUUCUGCAGUCUCGUACAUACCAGCAUUGCCUUCAUCUAUUCCGCGUGGACGGACCACAAGUACCUCGAGUAUCAGACCUGUAAUUCGGAAUACCGUCGUGAAAAGGCUCUGGUUAUUUUGAUGUUCGUCAUUGAGUUUGUGUUGCCCGUCCUGACUCUGUUUGUAUUAAUCUUGAAAGUUUUUUAUUAA